AUUUUUUUCUGGGUUACCUGCAGGAAACAGGGUGCUGUAGGACUUGCCAGCCGGGAAAUGAAGAGGAUCCUGUUUCUCCUGCUCACUGUGCAUGCUCUGGAAAGAGGCCGAGAAUAUGAGAAGGAUAAAGUCUGCAAGGAAUUAACCAAUUUUGGAAAAGAUGACUUCACAUCUUUAUCAAUGGUCCUCUACAGCAGAAAAUUUCCCAGUGGAACUUUUGAACAGAUCAGUCAUCUUGUGAAGGAAGUUGUCUCCCUGACAGAAGCCUGCUGUGCUGAAGGGGCUGACCCUGACUGCUAUGACAACAGGACGUCAGCAUUGUCUGCUAAGUCCUGUGAGAGUGACUCCCCAUUCCCAGUGCACCCAGGAACUGCUGAGUGCUGUACCCAAGAGGGCCUGGAAAGGAAACUCUGUAUGGCUGCCCUGAAGCACCAGCCACAGGAAUUUCCUACCUACGUAGAGCCAAGUAAUGAUGAAAUCUGUGAGGCCUUCAGGAAAGAUCCCAAGGAAUUUGCUAACCAAUUUAUGUAUGAAUAUUCCAUUAAUUAUGGACAAGCUCCUUUGCCACUAUUAGUCAGUUAUACCAAGAGUUAUCUCUCUAUGGUAGGGUCCUGCUGUACCUCAUCAAGCCCCACCAUAUGCUUUUUGAAAGAGAGACUCCAGAUUAAACAUUUAUCGCUUCUCACCAUUAUGUCAAAUAGAAUCUGUUCACAAUAUGCUGCUUAUGAGAAGGAGAAAUCAAGGCUCAGCCAUCUCAUAAAAUUAGCCCAAAAAGCACCUACUGCUAAUCUGGAGGAUGUUUUGCCACUCGCUGAGGAUGUUACCACAAUCCUCUCCAAGUGCUGUGGGUCUACCUCUGAGGACUGCAUGGCCAAGGAGCUGCCUGAACACACAGUAAAAAUCUGUGACAACUUAUCCACAAAGAAUGAUAAGUUUAGGGACUGUUGUCAAGAAAGAACACCCAUGGACAUAUUUAUGUGUGUCUACUUCACGCCAGCUACUCAGCCGCCAGAGCUGCCAGAAGUUGAGUUGCCCACAAGUAAAGAUGUGUGUGGCAAGGGAAACACCAAAGCCAUGGACAGGUAUACAUUUGAACUAUCUAGGAGAACUGACGUCCCAGAAGUAUUUCUCAGUAAAAUACUUGAGCCAACCUUCAAAAGCCUGGGAGAAUGCUGUGACUCUAAAGAUCCUGCAGUCUGUUUUGAUGCUAAGGUUCCACAGCUGAAGGCGGAACUAUCUUCUUUCAUUGACAAGGGACACGAACUAUGUGCCGAUUAUUCAGAAAACACAUUUACUGAGUACAAGAAAAAACUGACAGAACGAUUGAGAGCGAAACUGCCAGAUGCCCCAGACACAGAACUGGAAGAACUGGUUAACAAGCGCUCAGAUUUUGCCUCCAAGUGCUGUUCCAUCAACUCCCCUCCCCUCUACUGUGACGCUGAGAUUGAUGCUGAAAUGAAAAAUACCCUACAGGGCUGAUGAAUAUAUAUUAUCUUAGAUCUAGAGCUGGAACCUUCCUGGAAAUGCCAUCUGAAGCCUAACCUAGGCCAAACCAGGGCUCUCAGGGAAGCAACUUGGUACUCACCAAUUUUCAUCAGCUCCAAUAUCUUUGUACAAUAAAUAUGAUUUGCUAUCAAAAUAAAUUGGAAUACAAUGCAAACCAUAAA